GCGGUUUGUGUCUGCACCCUCCGCUGCCAGCGUGAAAUAUUAAUCACUUUGCUCUUUCUCUUUUCUCUUCUCUGCCAACAGCUGCUCCUGUACAAUAGCGUUUCCCUCCCGGCUCCAAACACACACAGUCUCGUGUGCACAGACACACACACACACACCUGCAGCUGCUCCUCUGAUGACAGACACUAAACUCAGAACCUCCAGGAUGCAUCUGUUAUUCAUUCUUCCCUUGGUGUUGGAGGUACAGUCCAUCUCCAUGAACCACAACUUCACCUGUGACUGCAGCUGCCACAUGGAGCUCAAAAGCGCUAACUGCACCAACAGCAAUUUCUCCCGCCUGCCCAUCGCCCUUCCACCAUUCACUGAGCAACUGGACCUGUCCCACAACAACCUGAGUGCCAUCCAGCCCAGAGCCUUCCAAACCACACGAAGACUUCGCGUCCUGUUCCUCAACGACAACGCCAUUUACAUGCUAGCCGACGGAGCGUUUUAUCUGCUGGAAGAUCUGUUGAGGUUGGACCUGAGCCGAAACCGAAUCUCAUCUCUGAGUGAAGGAUUUUCACAGGGUCUCAGUUCCCUUCGAGAUCUGUCAUUGGCUGAGAACAGGUUGACCAGCUUGAACAGCAGUUGUUUCGUCCACUUGGACUCAUUGCAAAGACUCAACCUCAGCAAUAACGCUAUCGAAACGAUCAAGAUGAGGGCGUUUGGGUCCAUGAGUACCCUACGCCAGAUACACCUCGCUUGGAACAACAUAACGGUUCUCAAAAAUGGCAUCUUCUCCAUGCUACGAAAUCUUGAAAUCCUAAAUUUACAUCACAACCGGAUAGACAGCUUGGAUGUCGGAGUGCUUUCUCCAUUGACCAGUCUUGCUCUACUGGACCUCACCAACAACAGCCUUUCCACUAUUCAAUUCAAGACCUUCUUGAGUCUCAAUACGUACAGCACGCACAUAAUGCUCGAAAACAACCCAUUGAAGCGUGACUGCGAUCUGCAGCGAGUCUUACGGAAGCUCUGUAACGUCAAACGACUGUUCCUGGACGACUACAACGAAAUCUGCCCAAAUUUGGAUGAAUUGGAUCCCUGCAUCGGCGAGAUGGUUACUGUCCUGGUCAUUACGGUCACCGUGGUCAUCACCGUUGUGGCCGCCAUCGUCAUGGCGGAGAAGAAAAGGGGGAAAAGGAACAAAGAAAAGCAUUGGACGGAAGCCAGCGAGUUGUCCUGUGCAUCGCAAUUGAACUAA